AUGAGUGAAGAUAAAAAGAUUAUUAUACAGAAACAUUUUCGGGCUACGGUAAAAGAACAACGGCCAGAUAUCUUCCAUAAAACUAUGCUAUUAUGUAUACAGUCCAGUCCAAAGCUAAAUGAAAUUAUUGCGUGCCAGAUGUAUUGCUUUCGAGACCUCACGAAGUGGCCGAAACUUAACAAACUCAGUCAAGCGCAGUUCGACUUCUUCGAGCGGAUAAUUCAUGAGCACAAUCUAGACAGCCUGGUCGUCUCCGAAGCCUCUUAUCAAUUAGGGGUUAUACAUGCCCGUUAUGCCGAAUACGGUCUCAAGCCACAUUUUCUCGAUUUAUGGAGGCAACAUUUUGAAACGUUACUGGGCAAGCUGGUCUUCGAAAAGCCAGAAGAGAAAACCGAAUUCUUUGAAGCGUUCCAAGAAUUGAUGCGGUACGUCACCGAGACCUUGAAUCUCUCCUACUCACGGUGUCAACAGCAAGCUGCUCUGUUGAAGUCCAAGGAGAAAAUAACAGUGCCGCCUUGA